GUCUGCUGGAAGCAGUUUGGAUUGAGAGGAUUUUUUAUUGAUUAGAAGAAGAACAUUUAUUGGAAGUUUUUUUUGGGUUUUUAUGUUUGCAGUGGAAUGGGACUCAAUUGCUUCCUGUGUCUGCUGCUCUGUGCAGCAGCCCUGACAGUUUCUGGAGUUUUUGGUAAAGAUGAAAACAACACAGCGAACAGGUGGACCAGGCAGAGCCUUCCGCUGCUGCUGGACACACACACGGAGCCUUUAGAUGUGCCUUUGUUCAGAGGGCAGGAGGAGGAUGAGGAGAGAGGAGAGUCAAAGACACUCUGUGGAAUAGAGUGUCAAAGCAGCCUACCGUCUAUGGACCAAACUGAGCAAGAGAGGAUUCUGGGAUAUGAGACAAUGCUUGAGAAUGGUACUCGCACACAUACAGAUAUCAGCUUGCAGGGUUUCAGCAAGACCUCGACAGGAACACCAGCCCACUCACCAGCUCGCACCCGCAGGAAACGAGAGGUUUAUGGAGCAGAUGGACGCUUUGUGAUCUCUGACUCGCAUUUCAUCACCAACUAUCCUUUCUCAACGGCGGUUCGUCUCUCCACAGGCUGCUCUGGAGUCCUAAUAUCCCCGAAACACGUGCUAACAGCCGCACACUGCAUCCAUGACGGGAGGGACUACCUAGAGAGUGCCAGUAGUCUGAGAGUAGGGGUGUUGCAGCUCAAGACUAAAAGAAGAAGAGGAGGUGGGAGGAGAGGAGGGCAGCGGAGAGGUGGGAGGAAAGGAGAAGGGGAGAAAGGUGAGGAGCAGAUAAUGGAGGAAGGUGCGGAGAAAAAUAGUAUAGAUGGAGAUGUUGUGAUAGGGAGAAAGGGAGGCAAAGGCAGGAGGCGCAGGGGAAGAAAAGAGGACGUGGAGGGUGUAGCUGAUCAUGUGAAUAUAGGUGAGUUAGAGAGAGGAGGAGCAGGGAAACAGAGAGGUCUCAGCCGUAAGCAACGCAGUGUUGAACCCAGGAAGCAGCCCGUCUUUCGUUGGAUGCGAAUUAAACAAACCAGAAUCCCUCAAGGAUGGAUCCAAACCAAGAGCUCCACCAGCUCAGUGUCCCCUGACUACGAUUAUGCUGUCCUGGAGUUGAAGCGACCCCUCAAACAAAAGUACAUGGAGCUAGGAGUGGCGCCCUCUGCCACCCCCCUCGCACGGAUCCACUUCUCAGGCUAUGACGCUGACAAAAGCCUACUGGACGGGCGUGGAAAUGAGAAGGUGGUUUACCGGUUUUGUUCGGUGACAAACGAGUCUGACGAUUUGAUGUACCAGCACUGUGACUCACAGCCGGGCGCCACAGGUGCAGGUGUUUACGUUCGUCUGAGAGAGAAAGUGGGAGAGGAAGGCAGGAAAGGGAAGUGGCAGCGGAGGGUGAUUGGGGUGUUUUCAGGUCAUCAGUGGGUGGAGGUGGAGGGAGGUGAGCAGAGGGACUAUAAUGUUGCAGUGAGGAUUACACCACUCAAAUAUGCCCAGAUCUGUCACUGGAUCCAUGGAGAUCCAAGUCUCUGUAAGGAGGUUUGACAAAGCGAUAGAUACAUGUAGAAGAGAUAUCUGUAGUCAGUUACAAAGAGACUCAACGAUCUGUGAUAAAACUAUGUCUUAAAGUAGGACUUAGAAGCAUUGUACAAAGAAGCCAAAAGUGACUUUUAUCAAAGUAUAAUUGUUAAUCCUAAAUGCAGACUGCAGUGUUGUCAAUUAAGGACUAAAAUCAUACUCUUCCUCAAGCACUUAGACAGCCAAUAGGACGCCUCCAUAGGUUACAUGUCAUGGAUGGCUGCAUCAAAGCCUCAGGCACAACUAACAUGGUUAAGCCUACCGAUCAUUAUUUGUGUCCAACAUUAAAAGAAAAUAUGGUUCAACAUGCAAAAAAAAAAAAAUUGUAGAAAAUAUUAUGCUUGCAGCUUUAAAGACCAUUUUAAUAUGUGCUGUUCGGGCUUUUUUUAAAUGAGUUCAAGAAGAAUAUAGUACCUAUUUUAAAUGAUGCUCAUCUGUUGAGGUCCCAUAAAAUAUUUGCAUGUGAAUUAAGUACACUUUUUAUUAUUUAUUGUUUCCCAAAACAAACCGCACAUCAUCGCUGUCGUGUCAUCAUCAGGUUGUAAAAAGACAGCAUGUAUCUUUUAUUUAUUAAUAAUUCCAGAAUAUGGAAAAUGUGUAGCCGCUCUCACUGCCUCUGCUGGUUACUCCAAACCAAUGUAGCAGACCUAUGGACAGAACUGAGACUUAAGUCCUAACAUUUAAUAUUGUGUAUGCAUGGCACUUAUGCUUAACCUCUUAAGGCCUAGCACUAGAAAUAGGAAACAACGCCUAAAAUAACACAUCCAAAACGAAUUAGGAGUAGCUCCUCAACCAUAAGGCUUAUUUGCAUUUUUUUGUUUACAUGUUGACUGAUUUCUGGGAGUUUAACACAAUGUAUUUCCAUAUAACCCUGUUACGAAAAACAUUAAUCUUCCAAAACCUUGAAAUAGUAAUAAACACCAUAAAUAUUAAUCAAUACUCAUAUAUGACUGAAGAGCCCCAUGCUAUAAAGGCAGAUAAAUGGAGUAAGGGCCCACAAUGCUUUAUGAGGUGUCCACAGAUGCGUCUCAAUCAGACGAAUACAAUAAUAUAAGACUCAAUGCUGUCAGUGCUUCGAUACAACCACCAGGUGGCCACGAGCACCCAGAGCGCCCGCCAGUGAACGUCACUCAAACUUCACUAAGAUGGCUGCUGUCUCCUCCCUAAAACGUCCCAGCGGCCCAAACCGUAAAUAACUAAAGUCUGCCGUUUUGGGCUAAAAUAUCAUGUGUCUUGGUGAAAUAUAUUGGCAUGAACAUAGAUGUAUUUCAGUGUGACCUUUGGGACCGUUUCCUUUACCCAGUAAUAGCUGCGUUUAAAUGCUUUAGAAAGCUCGGAAUUUCUACGAUCCAGCAAACAUGUUAAAGACUGACAAGAAAAUCAUACCGGAUCUUUUGAACAUAAUUUGGUGUUACAUUUACGAAGGUUAUGAUUGUAUGCCUUUUAUUAUUAAAAUGUUUCGUAAUAAGAUAUAAUUGUGACUAAAAAACGGUUCGUUUAAGGAUUCUAAAAGUUGAAACCCAUGUUUUCAAAACAGUAUAACAUGCAUAUAUUCUAAAAAACGACCAUCUUCCAUCAUAACUUUUUACACCACAGUGGUGGACCCGGGACCGGGUCCGUCGGGCUCAAGAAUAAGAGCAAAAUUACUUUAUGUCAUGUUUGAACUUUUGAGCCACUUUGAUUUAGAGGCUGUGGGAAAUCCUUGUGAAUGCGUCAAAAAUAUCUAAAAACUUGAGAAGUAUUUGAAUGUGAUAUUAGAGUUUCAUUGUCACCUUUUUUAUGAACACUACAUUUGUCUGUCUGUCUCUGAAACACCGGACUUGUAUAACUCUGAAACUGUAAUUAUGUAAAGGAAAAAACAAAACCCUAUUUGUUCGCCUAUGUUGCACAAUGUAAAGAUUUUGCUUUGUUUACUUUUCUAUAGAAGCAUACAUAAGUAAAACCUGUUGGUGCUCAUUUCACUUCAUGUUAAAGGUCUACACAAUAGUCUUUUCUGAUGUUUAAAAGAUCUUGUAUUGUAUUUUG